UGUGUCCGUUUUUUAGUGUCUGGGCCGAUCCAUGCAAUAUCGGUUCUAGUUCUUCCCAAACGCGCAAAGCAGGCUCCUGCUUUGGUCUUCCUGAAACCAGCAAGCGGCGGAGGGAGGACGCGGAAAGCAAGGAUGAAAGCAGAGACGCGCCCCCCUCCUUUCGCGUCCUCCUAACCCCACUCAUUCUUUCUUCCUAUUAUGAACCAUCUCUUUCGAUGGUGGAGGAUUCUUCGUCCGAGACCUCUCCUGCCCAAACCUUCUCUCUUCUCUGGUUUCGCUCUCUGCUCAGAAGUGACAGCUCCAGAAGAAGACGAGCUACAAGAGCACUCUGGCCCCAUCCUUCCGAGCCUCAGGGACCCCAUUUUGGAUACUGUUGCGUGUUUGAUCAAGGUGGGUGCAAGGAGAUUCCUUAGUAGCAAUAGAUUUUCCGAGCUUGUGUCAUCGUUGGCUCCGUAUCACGUAGACCGGAUGCUUAUCAGUCUCAAGGGCGACGCUGAUUCCUCAUUCUACCUCUUCAAAUGCCUCCGGGAGCAACAUGGGUUUUGCCACUCCAGAUUCUCUUGCUUCCUGGUUGCACACGUCUUGGCCCGAGAGAAGCGUUUGCGGGACGUGCUGUGGGUGCUGCGGUCAUUGGUUGAAAAAGAAGGGGUUGGUUCAGCUACUGACCUUUGUGAGGCAUUGUGGAACGAAUUCAGGGGGUGGGACUGCAACGACCUUGUUUUUGAUAUGCUGGCAAGCGUGUACUCGAGAACCGAAAUGGUUGAUGAUGCACUUUGCAUCCUCUUUAAGAUGAGGGCUCUCGGUUUUCAUGUUUCAAUACUAACUUAUAAUCAACUUCUCUACAACUUAAGACACACAAACAUGGUGCUGGAAAUGUAUGAGGAGAUAUGUUCUAGUGGCAUUGUCCCGGAUGUGCACACUUACACAAUCCUUAUUGACGCUCUAUGCAAGCAGAAACAGCUGGGACAAGCACUGGCAUUCUUUCAAGAACUGAGGGAUAUAGGAUAUAGACCUUGCAUCGUCACCUUGAAUAGUCUUAUGUCUGGCUUCUGCAAGGCAGGAUCUGUUAAUACUGCCAAAUCCUUUCUUCGUGUGAUGCUUUAUUAUGGAUUCUUCCCUGACAGAUGCAGUUAUAAUAUACUUAUCCAUGGCCUUUCUUUGGUAGGUUCCAUGGAUGAAGCCAUGGACACAUUGAAGAACAUGAAGCUGGACAAGAUAAAACCAGAUUUGAUCAGUUACAAUUCUCUCAUUUAUGGUUUUGCUAUACUUGGUAUGGUGGAAGAGGCAGAAAAAGUUAUUGGCAUAAUGACCGGAGAAGGUGUGAUUCCAAAUCAUGUUACUUAUACGACUCUGAUAAAUGGAUACUGUCAGAAAGGUGAUAUCAAGGAGGGGCUGAGGAUAAGAGAGGAAAUGAUCCACCGAAAUUUUCAAAUGAAUCAUGUUACUUACGGAACACUGCUUAAUGGACUAUGCCGUCAGGGUUUGGUGCAUGAUGCUGAUCGGUUGCUCAAAGAGAUGGUGACUCUAGGCUUGGAACCAGAUCAGAUUGCAUACUGUAUCCUUAUGAAUGGCUACAGCAAGCAAGGAAAUAUGCAGAAGGUGAGUCAACUGUUUGGUGAUAUGUGCUCAAAGGGAAUCGUGCCCAAUGCUUUUGCACAUGGAGCGACUCUCUAUGGAUUAUGUAAGAGUGGCAAGCUAUUUGAGGCCAUGAAUUAUUUUGAGAGUCUGGUCAAUAGUGAGGCAGUUACGGAUGUUUUUCUAUAUAAUAUUAUGAUAGAUGGCUGUGUAAAGUUUGGCUAUGUUUCUGAGGCAGUCAAAAUAUAUGAGCAGUUGAUUAAGGCUGGAUUGACUCCUUCCAUGGUUACCAUAAAUUCUCUCAUCUUUGGUUUUUGCAAAAUCGGUAGUCUGGUUGAAGCUAGGGAGCUUCUGGAAACAAGUGAAUCUCUCGGUUUGCUUCCAAAUGAGAUAAGCUACACUAUUCUGUUGGACGGGUAUUGUGCGGUAGGGGACACAGAGAUGAUGGUUCAAUUGUUUAAUCAGAUGGAGGAAAAAGCCAUCCAGCCAAAUGUUAUUACCUACACUAUACUAGUGAAAAAGCUCUGCGAACAAGGGCAUCUUGAAAAAUCUUUCCAUUUUCUAAGAGAAAUGUGCAGAAAGGGGAUAUCUGCAGAUCCAGUUGUGUACAAUGUUCUUAUCAAAAGGUUUUGUGAUCAGCAUGAUUUAAGGAUGGCCAUCUAUCUACAUGAUGAGAUGCUGCGUCAUGGCGUUAUGCCCAGCCCUGCUACAUAUCAUGUUAUCAUCAACAGCCUCUGCUUGAAGGGUAAAGUGGAAAUUGCAGAAGAACUGCUUGAUUCUCGUGUCAAGCAAGGUGUGGCUUUGGAUAAGAGGCUCUUUCAUUUGAUAAUGAGUGCAUACUGCAUAAGAAGAAACAUACAGAAAACUGUAGUUCUUUUCAAUAAAAUGAAAGAAGUUGGUUUUAGAAUUUCAAUUGCUGAUUAUAGUGUUGUUAUAAAUAGACUUUGCAAACGGAACUUAUCAUAUUCAGCAAAAGUUUUUUUUGUGAUGAUGUUAAGGGAUGGGAUAUCCCCUGAUAAAGAGAUUUGCAGCAUUUUAAUUCAAAGUUUUGAGCGGGAAGGUGAUCUUAAUUCAGUAAAUGCACUUCAAGCUAAGAUGAUCCAGUGUAACUUGGACUGGUUUUAUGUGAGAGGGGAAACAUAAACCUACAUGCAUAUAUUAUGUUUGUGCCGCAGAUAUCCUCUUCCCAACUAUCGUCAUUAGGGGACAGCUGUCAAUGACAAACUUCCUGUUUUGAGAUUGUGGAUCUUUACAUGGGUUCUAUCCAGAAAUUCCAACCUGAUCAAGGGUGUUAUCUGCAGAUAAAGCGAGAAAACAUUGAGCUGUGGCAGUGUUUUUGCAGUUUAUGCUUUUGAGAAGCAAUAGCACUUACUCUUGAUCUUCAGAUAAAGCAAAACAACAUCGAGCAAUGGCAACGUUUUGCAGUUUCAGCUUUGAGAAGCAAGGGCACUUGCUCUUGGUGACUGCUGAAACUAAAAACAUUCCUGGAGUCUCUCAUAGCUGCACUACGCUAUGUUGUCUAUUCAAGGAUUUGAGUGGUCAGCCUCUUUGGCUUAGGUGGAAUAGACAAUGAAACCUAGAAGGCAUGCCAAAAAUGUGCUUCUCUUCUGUUCUCUUGUCCCUUUUCAGAUAAUGUUGGAUAUUCAUUUGGGUCUAACCGUGAGACCUAUCUCAUUUGAACGAAAUGAGGGAGAAAUCAAUAGCACAUGUCAUCCAGAGUCUCACCAAGAAGGUGUGGUUAGUCAAUGUCUCCCUCCUUGCGUCUGAUGUAGCAGCCACUUCCCUGCCUGCGAGCCUCCAAGAACUGUUUCAUUAUGGGGUUCUACCAAUUGAAUAUAUUGGCUGAUGGUGGUCAAUGAUAAAUCAGGGAUUUCACAUUUCACUAUCAGUGUUGGUUCGGGAAUCUUUGUCAACCGGUGAACGUUAAUGUGUUUGGUGCAGUAGAUGAUGUUGUCCCCCAUGCUGUGGUUUGGUGGAAGUCACCAGGUAUGACUCCCAAUUGCAAAAUCUACUGUCUAACCUUAGACUGAGAUGUUAUAGCACCUGAUUGCAACUGAAGCUUUCUUUAUUUUCCUGGUGAGUGAAGUCUUGGUUUAUUAUAGUAUUAAUCCUACAUACUACAACCCUGCAGACCCUAAACAUCUCUGUAGGACAUACCAUGUCUGAUCAAAUUGCUGUUUUGUUAUGAAAAAUAAAAUUCAGUUGCUUGUUAGUUCUUGUGAAGAGUUUCGCUCUGUGUUUCUAUUGCCUACCCUCUUUUCAGAAUAUCUGUUAUUGACCAUCUUUUCUGGCUAAUCCGGUUUGGUCAUUUUGUAGCAGUUUUUUUCACUUUGAUCAGCAUGCUGACUGCAUUAUUUACAUUCGUAGGGUUCAUGGAAUGAUAGUGAACUAAGUGGAUAUGGUUCUGAUUCUGAAAGAACAGAGAAAUAGGUGUCACAAGUCAUCCAUGAUGCCUCCAAUUCUGCAGUUAAUGCAGAGUUCGGAUGUGGGGCUUCACAGGCAGGGGAGAACUUUGAAGCACGUUAGCUAACUGAUACUCCUAAUGUCUAAAGCCCAGAUUUGGCGGUUGAUUAAUGAGGAAGAAGCUUGAUCAGUGGACCUGAUGGAGCCUUGGAUCAAAGAAGUUUCGGGAAAGCAAUGUGCAUUCUUUGUGAUGAGAAAGCAGCCGCAUCAUGGAUCCUGCGACAUUGGCUUUGAGGAAUGUACGGUACAGAGGCAUGAAGGAACGAAACUCCGUGAAGACUCGAGCUUCAAUCAAGCAGGUUUAAAGGUGUUGUAGAUGGUUCUUGGUUGUUGGUUUCCGCUAUCUUUUCUUUUUCUUUCUCCCAAACUUCAUCAAUCCGCUAUCGCUUUUGUAACCUUCCUAGACUAGUGCCCUUCUAUCAUUCCUGUCAUCAACCCAAUCACCGGACGCCCACUUCGUAAAUUUCGAAUAAGUUUGCAAAUCCUUUUGGUUAAAUGGAUAAGGUUGCAUAGGUGUUAGAUGUUGUACAUUUCGAUUCCUUAGCUCACGUCUGCUUACAAUACCUGGCGCUGGAAUGCUGUUUCUUACUAAGCGCCUAAUCUAUCAACUAAAGGUUAUUUAUGACAAUCAGCACUCACAUAUUUGGGUCCAAAUCAGGUCCAACAUGAUAAUGAUACGGAAAGCAAUGUUAUAAACAGAACAGUACCUGUUGACAGGCUGCGGACUGGUUUAGAAUAUCCAAAAAUAAGCGUGUUGCAUCAGUCGACAGCAGUGAACUUCAUAAGAGAUUCAAAGAGUAGCCGAGUAUGACGGUUAGUUGGCGCAUGGGUAGGUAUUCAGAGGAAGGGGAGUGGGAUUUCAAGAAUGGAAGGUGUGCCAACUCGUGAUCACGUGGAGCUCCGUCUAUGAGGGCAGGGGGCGGCACCACGACCUGUUUCUUGAAGAUGACCACUGUUAAUGCAAAUUUCGUUAUGAAUUUUGCACUUGCCAGACAUGGACUUUGGUUUUGUUAGUGGGUAAAGGUACCGGAUUGAUUCCAUCUCUUUUUUUUUUUUUUGGCAGAUAACGUGGAUUUGGGCACUGCAUGUGGAAAAUACUUCCGAGUGUGUUGUCUUGGCAUUACUGAUCCAGGCGAUUCUGAUAUCAUUAAAAGCAUUCCUGGCGAGCAGUGAGUGGAAACAGCAAGUUACUGAUAUCUCUGUUUUGUAGUUUCAAAUGAUUUUGGUAGUAACUUAGCGAAUAGCUUUAUUGUGUUGCUCAGACAUAACGAGUGGUUUGUGAAAGAGGAGGAAAAACUUUGUAGCAUGUGAACCAUUUGGUUUUUUCAUGUGCAUGAAAUUCUUUAUCCUGCUUUUCCGCUUCAGAUGUCCCAGCUUUUAUGCGUUUUGGUACCUGAAAUGGGCUAAUUGGAUUUUACUAUUCAGUGCCCACUAUUUCUGCAAAGGGGAUGAUCAUUUGCAUCCUGGGGAUUCACGCACGCUUGACUGCCCCCUGUCUACGGAUUGCAGAAAUGUUAAAACGAGUAGUGCAUUCUUGAACCGGGUUUAGCUCUCGAGUGGCCUCGGUCGUCGUUUUCCCUUCACGUACUCUUUCCUACGGCAACAGUACUUUAAUUUGAAGCCCUCAUAGACGGAGCGCCACGUGGUUAUCUUCAAGAAACAGGUCGUGGUGCCGCCCCCUGCCCUCAUAGACGGAGCUCCACGUGAUCACGAGUUGGCACACCUUCCAUUCUUGAAAUCCCACUCCCCUUCCUCUGAAUACCUACCCAUGCGCCAACUAACCGUCAUACUCGGCUACUCUUUGAAUCUCUUAUGAAGGUCACUGCUGUCGACUGAUACAACACGCUUAUUUUUGCACUUCCCAAGCCUUCCAUGGAUCCCCCACCUGAUGCACCAUUUCUUCCACCACCGCCACCACCACCACCUGCUGAUUCAUUUGGCUGUUUGGCGUCAUGUUUGUGGAUUCUGUGUUGCUGUGGUCUGUACAGGAGCUGCUGUCCGCCCCUGUUUGAACCAGCACCCCCGCUGCCACCAUAAGUUCAUCAUACACCAAGUUCCAUAAGAAUUGUUGUCAUGGUUGCUGUGUAUCAAAGAAUCUCUAUCGUUCCAUAAUAAUUGUUGUUCUGAUUGUUAAUUAUCAAAGAAUAUCUUGCGUUGGUUCGUUUACAUAAAUCGAUAUAUGUUUACAUCCCUUUGUAAAUCGAGCAUUCUGUGCAGGAAGCUAAGCUAGCUGUUACUUGUGUUGCCUGUUUUCUAUA